CUCGCCGGCUCCAGGCAACAGGCGCUGCUGUCAUGGCGGACGAUCUGGAUGAGCUUCUGGACGAAGUGGAGCUGCGGUUCUGUAGGGACCGGCCGGCGCCGAGCAAGGAGGGAGCGAGCAAGGAGGUGAAAAUCAGUGCACCUUCAGUCCCAUCUAAAGAAAUUUCCAAAGAGGAAGAUGAUUUAAAUGAUCUUAUUGAUGACAUUUUUCAUGAUGAUCCAAGUUUAUCUGAUCCUUCUAAGUCAAGGCCAGGAGCAGUAACAAAUUGUACAGGUCACAAAGCUUUUUCUCAGACCAGGGGAAAAAAGUGUUGUCCAGUUUAUCUCGGUGGCAGUUCUGCACCUCUAGGACUGGGAACAAACACUUCUCAAAGAAACAACAUGCCUGACUUAAAUAAGCUGAAAGCGAAGACAUUGAGUCGGAGAGGUGUCCGAGCAUAUGCCUGUCAGUGCAGCUGGAGGUCAAUCCAGGACCUGACGGACCUCAAGGAAGAACAGGAACUUCGAUGGGUGUGUGGAAAACAUUGAAAACAUUCAAAGCACACUUGUCUCUUCCAGUCACCAUUAGAUGGUUGGUCCACUGUAUUAUCUAAUAUUGUAGAUUUAUUUUUAAAUACAAGGUGAGCUGCAGCAAUUUAAUUUAUUUUUCUAUACUUCUUGAUUAAAAUAUUCUUUAUUGCCGCUCCAAUUCAAUAAUGUGGUUUAAUAAAUGUAUGUCACCAACACUAAUUAGAAUUCAGUUUUCCCUAUAUUGUGGAAAAUAUAACUGACAAUAGACUUUACCUUGCAGAUUCUGUAGUGAAAAGCAUAUUGUGCAGGCAAGACCAAACUAAACCAAGUUUGAUAUAAAAAUCCACAUGUAAAGUAUGUUUAAGAUUUACUUCAACCUGGCUUUCCCAUUGGCACUAGGGUUUUAGACACAAGGAUUUAUUUUCAGUGUUACUCAAUCAAACAAUUUUGACUGUGCACAAGGAGUUAUUAGGUAACUUGCUAUAGAAUGGAAAAUGUUUUUCAUAGAUCAUAAUUACUUAGGUUUCAAAAACAUUUGCAAUGGAAGCGGGUCAUUGUGUUAACUCCUUGUGUUUACUACAAAAGUUUUUUUUUCUGACAAGUUUUGAAUGAUGUGAAGAUCACUUUUUUAAAAUGGUUUGAAGAAUUCACCUGACCAGAUUUCCCAAAGCGAAUCGCAUUCGUUACAGCUGGAAAAGUGCACUGAACGUCCAGAAGCAUGGAAUUUGUAGCACAAAUCUAAAUAUGCAUGCAUUACAUCCAAACUCAAGCCUCAGAAAUGGCAAAUAUCCCAAAGAAGAAACAAAGACAAUUUUAAAGCAAUCUUGGAGGUCACAAUACCUUCAAGCAGGAAGAAACCUACUGAGUUUAUUAAAUUGUCUGUAUUAGAAUUUCUAAAAUGAAAAAAGCUAUACACUGGAUAAACCAAGGCCAAUUACACCUGGGCACAAUGAUUGUUUGUUAUGCUUUUUAGAAGAGUGUUAGAUCCAUUUGUCGCUGUGGCAAGUAUUUGGUCAAAAAUGUAAAUAAAGUUUUGGAAUAUUAGCAUGUAAUUGUUGUGGUUUGACUUGAACAUUUUUAUGUAAUUGCUUCAAACUUCACUGUUAGGGAUUGCAAAUGUGAAGUUCUGCUUUUAAAGAUUUAUACAUAGUGUAAGUUUUAAACUUGCUGAAAUACCAAUAAAUUAUAUACUUUGAAA